CCCCCCUCCCGUGACGUCAUCCGAGCUCCGCAACCGCCGGGGCGGCGCGCGCCGCUGCUGCAGUCGCUGCGGGAGGAGGAGGCGGCGGCGCGAGCGCGGGCUGGAGAUGGCGUCGGCUACAGAUUCCCGUUACGGGCAGAAGGAAUCCUCGGAUCAGAAUUUUGAUUACAUGUUUAAAAUCCUCAUCAUUGGGAACAGCAGCGUGGGGAAAACUUCCUUCCUCUUCCGGUACGCCGACGACUCCUUCACCCCCGCCUUCGUCAGCACCGUCGGCAUCGACUUCAAGGUCAAAACCAUCUACAGGAACGACAAACGGAUCAAGCUGCAGAUCUGGGACACGGCGGGACAGGAGCGGUACCGAACCAUCACCACCGCCUAUUACCGGGGUGCCAUGGGCUUCAUCCUCAUGUACGACAUCACCAACGAGGAGUCUUUCAAUGCUGUCCAGGACUGGUCCACCCAGAUCAAGACCUACUCCUGGGACAACGCCCAAGUCCUGCUGGUGGGGAACAAGUGUGACAUGGAGGACGAGCGGGUGGUGUCCUCGGAGAAGGGCCGCCAGCUGGCUGAGCACCUGGGUUUUGAGUUUUUUGAGGCCAGUGCCAAGGACAACAUCAACGUCAAGCAGACCUUUGAGCGUUUGGUGGACAUCAUCUGUGAGAAGAUGUCCGAGUCCCUGGACGCCGCCGACCCCGCUGUCACCGGGGCCAAGCAAGGUCCCCAACUGACUGACCAGCAGGCCCCCCCCCACCAGGACUGUGCCUGCUAGGGUCACCCCCCCCCCCUUCUCCCCUCCAAAAUUGGUCAGUGCACCCCCCUACCCCUCUUCUCGGGGGGGUCCCGUGGGGGCUUUUGCUGCUGGUACCUCCCAAAGGGCUGCGGCCCCUCCAGGAGCCCCCCCCUCCAGUUAGGCUGUGCCCCCCCUCCCUUAAUUUAUUUGAUAGGUAAACACCUCCCCCCCACCCCCCCAUUCUGCUUUUAAUGCUCCACACUCCCCCUUCUCCCUGAAAUAAUUCCUCCUCACACCCCCCUGGUCCCAAACCCCCUUGGGAAGGGAAGGGGCGCAGGGGGUGUGACCCCAAAACUCCUUCUCUGUGUUCCCAGCCUGCUCAGAGAGCUCCCAGGGGGGCUCUUUGCUGCUUGGCUCCCCUUGUUCCCCCCCCCAGAUGGAUGGAUAUUUCCUAACUCUUGUUUAUUUGUAUAAAUAGAUGCUAAUUUAUGCUCCCACCGUCUUCCUCCUUGUACAUAAGAACAACUCCUUGUAAAUAGGUGUAGGAAGUGAUGCUGUGCUGUGGCAGUGGUGGUGCAGUUAAUAAUUAUGAUUAUUAUGAUGAUUAUUAUUUAAUUCUUCAUUAUUAUUUUUUUUUUCUCAGCGUGGUAACCUUGCUUGUGAAUAUCACUUCUAAAAAAAAAAAAAAAAAAAAAAAUCCUAUUUAAAGGUUUAAAAAUAAAAAACACCCCCCCCCUAAAUUUCACUCAUCCAGGGCCAGCCCCAAAUGAGCUGCAGCAAAGGAACCCCAGGAGCUUUGUGGACAAUCCCACCUUUCCCAACUGGAAUCCCAAUCUUAGCUGGGGGAGGGAAGGGUUAAUUUGCUGCAGGGUGUUCAGCUCCUCGUUGUGUUUGUGCUUCUGUGGAGACUGUGACUCAGUGGAUGUUCCCUGAUAGACCCAGAGGUCCUGCUCCCCUCUAUUUAUUUUUCCUUGGAAUGUUGUGUCUUUAUUUUACAGAUUAUUCCCCCUCCCUUUUUUCCCCACCUCUUUCUCCUCUUCCCACUCCCUGGUACCAUCAUCUUCUUCCUUCCUCCCUCCUUUCCUGUAUUUUUUGUGAAGUUCACUUAUGGAAGAGUUAACACUGUACUGUACAAAUGUCAAAAGUGUCAAAAAAACAGGAAAAAAAAACAAAAACAGAGAAAAAAACCCCAAAAAAAACCCAGAAUAGGAUUUCCUAAAAAUCACUGUAUUAAAGAAAUGUUGUGAAGAAAUAAAUCAAUGCUGAUUA